AUGCGGACCGCGCUGCUGUGCUGCCUGCUGGGCCUGGGCGCCGCCGUCAAGGUGAAGGUGGUCAUGCACUCCGAGCAGGACGAGUCGCGCGCCGACGACGACGAGCGCGCCGCGCCCACGCUGCUGCCCUUCCUCAAGGCGCGCGACGACGACGCCGCGCCCGCGCCCGCCGCCGCGCCCGCCGCCGCCGCCGCCGCCGCCGCCGCCGCCGCCGACCGCCCGCGCGCGCUGCACCCCAACGAGAUGAUCUUCCCGCUCAUCUACCGCCAGAGCCACAUCAACAGCAUGUUCAAGUUCGGCGAGAACUGGUACACCUGGUCCACGGAGAAGCGCACGGACGGCUCCAAGGCCACCAACUACUACAUCUGCUACGACGAGCCCAAGCGCUGCGACGAAAUCGGAUGGGAGCGGACCGACGCGCUGCCGAAGUGCGCGUUCCAGAUCGACUCGCUUCUGCCCGAGGACCGCGCCUGCAUCAACCCCUUCGGCGUGGAGCCGCGCGCUGCCGGCUCCUGCGACGGCGCCGAGCAGAUGAAGGUGAGCGAGAUGGUGCGCGCGUGCGGGCCGCGCAUCCGCUCGCUGUGGCGCUUCCUGCGCGUGGGGCGCCGGCCCGCGGGCGUGGCCAAGCCCGCCGACGUCAACUCGCUCGUCUGCGAGGACGAGGAGGAGUGCUACCUCACCGUCGAGUACAGGAUCCACCACGACCGGAUCACGUUCUCGCUGCACGAGCCGACGCGGGGGCAGACGUUCAAGAGCGCGCUGAAGCGCGAGGCGGAGCCGGAGCCCGAGCCGCGCAGCCCGGCGCCGCCGCCGCCGCCGCGCGCGCACCGCAAGAAGCCGCGCGACGAGGAGCCGCCGCGCAAGAAGUUCCGCGUGCGCGCGCGCCCCAAGGCGGCGGAGGGCAAGGGCGUGGUCAAGGAGCGCAACGACUCGGGCUACGCCGGCCGCCGCGCCGUCAAAAACAAAAUCAAAAUCAGGGAGGACGUCUCCGAGGAUAUGUCGGAAUAG